AUGAGAAUAACCAACGAGACGAAGACGUUCGACAUUUAUAGAAAGGAAGUAGAACGGCGUCGGCAGAAAAAUGUCGUUACUUUAAACAUGCUAGUUAAGCAGGCCUUUGAUGAAGUGAAAAAUGAGAACCAUAAAUGUGACGAUAUGCCUUUGUUAUGGGCACAAUGGCAUACAAGGUUUUACCAUGAUAUCAAUCGGUAUCUACAAGGCCAAUGGCUGAUUUGUGCACUCAUUGGACUGUUUUCGCUGCUGAUAUUUGCUGCGAAAAUACAACAAUAUCGGAUUCUCGAUGCUAUGGAAGGGUUGCAAAGCAGUCCGAGAGAAGAAAAGCCCAAUACAUCAGCAACUGCAGAUCCUUCCCGGAAUUACGAUCAAAAAAAUGCAGAAAACCAGCCAAAAGUCCAAGAUGAUGGCCCGAGUAAUAUGGCAUCAAUCCAGGCUCCUCCUAAUAAUCCGCAGAUGAACUGGGCACACCCAGGGGCAAAAAGUAUGGUUGGCCCUCUGACCGAUAUCGAAGGAGAGUGGAUCCCGAAAAAUGACGGGACUAAAGGACUCAAAAGUUACAUGAAUGAUUUGCUCAAAAGUAUGCAGGAUCCAUCGUCGCAACUAAAUGAGCCAAAUGAAAAAGGAAACAGAGAAAAGAAAGAAAAGGAAGGAAAGGAUAAGAAAGGUCAGAAAAUCGUUUCCUCAAUCCAGUUUAACAGUCUCAACUGA